GACUUGUACUUUACAACAUGAACCGGACGUAAGCUUUAAAAAGCUUUUUUUCAAUUAUUAUCGAAAAUGUAUGACUUUUGUCAUAUUUGUUUUCAAAAGCGGACAGUUGAUUACAUAUCAAAGAAUAUUGAAACAAAAAUUGAACGUUUUUUUGGAGUUAAGCUCCAAACAAUAGUUGAAUCGAAAAGAGUGAUUUGUCUCCUGUGUACAAAAAUAGUAAAUGACCACUGGAAUAGUCGACUUCGACUUCUAAAAAUCCAGAAUGGAAAAAUUACCACAUUAAAUAGUGAACGACGCUUCAAAAAAUAUGUACUUACUGGCGAAAACCAAAUAAUUCGAUACACUGAGAACAUUUCAGACCAGAAACUAUUGCACUUAAAUCCAGUUGUUGAGCUGGAACGAUUAGACAUAAAAAUUGACGAAGAGCAAACAUGUCCAUCAUCGUCAGUAUCAAAACUUCGUUCUCAUGCAAAAAAAACUAAAAUAAGACAAGAUAAUAUUAAAGAACUGAAGAUAUGUCUUGAAGACCUCAACACUGAAUGGUCUGCUGGUAAUUCUAAAUAUAAAAAGAAAUUAGACAAAUGUUAUGAGGGAAAGGAAUGGGAUUCAGAAGACGAGGAGAAUAAUGAUAAGAAUAAGAAUGAGAAUAAAAAUAAGAAAAAAGCAUCUAAAAAAAGCUUUAAAUUGAAGUUGUUCACAAAAACUCGAAAGGCAUCAAAGAAAUAAUUUACAUCAUCAGUGACGAGUAGAUUUGAAGUUUAUUUUACUCUAACAAUCAAAACAAGUUAAAAACAAAACAACAAAGCUCAGAUUCAUUUAUUAACUUUUUCCUUAUUGUUCACUAAGCAUCUUCAAUAAUGAAAAUGAUUAAAAAAAAGAUCAAUGAAAAAUAAAUUAAUUUUCUUUCAAACAAUAUUUAUUUUAACAUUAAAAAGCA